AUGGCCAAGAGCAAGAAUCAUAGUACUCAUCAUCAAAACCGUAAAAAUCACCGUAAUGGUAUUCGCAGACCACCGAAGCAGCGAUUUCCAUCUUUGAAAGGAGUUGACCCCAAGUUUUUAAGAAACAUGCGUUUCGCUAAGAAACACAACAAGAAGGUCCGCGCUACUCCUGUCACCACUGCUCCUCCUGCCACCAACACCCCUGUCGCAGCUGAAAAGUCUUAA